AUGACUUCGCCUAACCAAGGGUCGGCGGUUAACAACUCCACGACGCCGUCGUACGCUUCUGCUGCCGGAACAACAAAAAAGCCAUCUGCUACGCCGGUGGUUGCUCCCGGCUCGAACGCACCUGUUGUUGCGGCUGGAACCUCAGGAUCUGCGCCGCACCAUGCUAAGUCGUCUUCGAUAUCGCCUAUGAACGGCCGACCGAACAUCAUGCCGGCCAUCCCAACUGUUCCUCCCGUCGCACACGGCACAUCGAAUGCUAACGGACUUGCUGACCACAGCCGAAAGAGUUCCGUAACUAUUAGCGCGAACGGACCUAACAACUAUUCCACCAACGGUGGUACCGCAGGAGGCAAGGCGAAUAUCAAAUUUGGAUUUCAAGAGUCACCUGCUGUGCUUCACAGCUCUCCUCAGACUGGAUCGGCUCCUAUCCCUAUCCCUGACAGCACCAAUCCUCGUGUAACCUCUCCUCAGAACUCACCUUCUCCCAUCCCGCAGCCUUCUGCUAGCGGCGGACGACCUCCCUCGGGAACUGCCCAACAGGGUAUGACCUUUGGUAGUUUCCCCGAUAACGACCGUUCUCACAUACGAGCUACCUCCGUCUCGCAGGACCCGAACUCUUUGGGAUCGCAGCACACCCCUCACAUGAGACGAGGCUCGAAUGUUAGCGACAUGAGCAAUCAAGGUCCUCCUCACAUGGGCCGGGGCGGCUUCCAGUCCGCUGGUCGCGGUCGAGGGUUCAACAGCUCGUUCAACCACCAACAACCCAUGGGAUAUCCCCCUAACUCCUACAACCGAGGCCCCCAGAAUUCGGGACGAGGCGGCGUAGCACCUAACUUUGGAAAUGCUCGCCAGCAGCAGUUCGGCACUCCUCCACCACAACAUCGCAGCCCGGCACUCCCACCAGCGAUGCCCCACCACGCCCAGAAUAUGCCUCCGCCGGGCGGCAUGCCAUUUUUCUACCCGACCGCUCCUCCUAUGGGCCAAGGACAGGUACCACAAGUAAAGCACCCCAAUCCAUUACCUCCCCUUAACCAAGAUCGUCCAUAUCUCAAAGUCGGCAAAAGAAGGGGAAACCGUCGCGAGAUCGAGAGGUUCUCGAAUCACCGACGGUCCGAUUCUUCUUACGACAAUGAGCACCAAGACUUUAGUCAGAAGUCCCGACGCUAUAGUAAGCGUUCGGAUCAGCGAUUCGCCGCAGAUAGUUCACGGUAUCGUGGAUUUGUUCCGUUUGAGAAAACGGAAGUGCCAUUCACUGGAGAAGUCCCAGUUAUCCCCCUGCAGCAGCCUUUCCCCAUUGCUUCAUAUCCGCCUAAUCCAGCGCGAAUUGAUCUGUCACCAGAGAGUGGCAAUUUUGACAGAUUACUAACUAGCGUACAACAACAGAAUUACUAUACCGGGUAUGACCCCCGACAAGCUAUGCAUGUCCCUGGAUACCCAGUAUAUCCAAUGAUGCACGGAGGCCAGUCUCCCAUACCCGCCUUCCAGACCCCUUACACCCCAGGCCCGUACAAUGCCCCAGGAGGGCAACCGAUGUCUCGUAAUUCCUCACAGGUAUCCGCGGACCAUCGCCCUGCAUCGAGUACUGGUCAAAACCAGGCACCGAUCGUCGCCCAAGGCACUCCUCAAUCCCAACCUGCGCAGAUGAAACCCGCAGUGGUCUCUUCUCCCCAAUUCAAUCGGCCGCCUAAAAAGAGCAUGGCUAUCACGAUCAAAAACCCAGCUGGUGAGGCGGUUGACUUGAGCAAAAUAAAAGGACCAGCUUCGCCCGCCCCAAGCCAUCACCAAUCUAAGACGCCACCAGUUGUCUCUUCUACCCCCCCGCCUCCUUCGAAAACAGCGACGCCAAGAACUGCUACGCCUGCUCAUUCGCGAGCCGAAAGUGUAAGCAACUCUAAGACGGCCGAAGAAGUGCGGAAUGAAUUCAAGGAGAAGAUGAAGCAGGCCGCCAGUGCAGACAAGGCCAAGGAGGACGAAGCGGCCAAGGCAGCUGCUGAAAAGGCCAAGGAAGACGAGCGCCUGAAGGCAGAGCAAAAGGCACAAGAAGAGGCUAAGGCUGCUGAAGAGGCAAAGGCACGACAGGAAGCCGAGGAGAAGGAGAAGGCGGAACGUGAAGCGGCGAAGGCGGCUCCUAAGAAAGAGGAGGCUCCCAAGGUUACAGACGAGCCUGAUGAUGAGGAGUUAGAACGUAUUAUCCGUGAGAUGGAAGAAGAGGAUGCCAAGCGCGAAAAAGAGGAAGAGGAGCGCCGUGUCAAAUACGAAGCCGAGAAAGCCGCCAAGAAGAAGGCUGAGGAGGAGGCACGGUUGGCGAACGCCGCUGAGAAUGAUCGCAAACUUCGCGAAGCCGAGGCUGAAAUGGAACGGCUCGAGGAGGAGCGAGAGCGUCGGCGGGCUCAAGAGAGCUCCAACACAUCAGUCCAAGCCCUCAUCCACCAGUUAGCUGAUGGCGAGACAAAGAAGGCAGACGCACCUUCGACGAGCGAGGCUACUGCGAAACUGGCCAAUCUUUCCCUCGACGAGAAGCCUCCAACUGCUGCGAGUACUAAACCCACGCAAGGCGGGCGUGGCCCUAAGCCGGCUGCUCUUAAUCUUGCUCCUAUUAACACCAAGUCCGUUGAGCCUGCUCAACCUAGUGCUGCGCUCCAGUCUCUUAAGACAGCCAGGCUUCUUGGGUCCAGUUCCAUCAGGGCCGACCUUUAUCCCGCGGGAAUUCAAUCACCUAAUCCUGCUCUGAAUGCUGCGGUGGCAAAGAAGGGAACAUCAUUUAAGUAUGAUUCUGCCUUUUUAAUGCAAUUCCAAAAGGUCUUUACGGAGCAGCCUUCCCUUGAUUUCCACCAGCAAGUCAAGACCCUUAUUGGCGAUAGCGACAGUGGCCGGUCUGGAUCCGCUCGAACACCAGCUGGUCUAUCUAGUCGACAGCCUUCAAGGCCUGGGGCUCCUGGUGCAACAACAUUCGGCUCCUUUUUCGCUGAUGGUCGAACCUUACCUCCUGGAACGACGUCCGCUCAGCGAUUCGGAAUGAGCUCCGAUAAGUCAAUGUCACGACCAGCAGCAAUGAAUGCCAUCGGCAGCUUCCGCGGACCAUUUCCUGGCGGUAACCAAAUGGGCCGACAACCGUCUAGUUCUAACAUGAGCAUGCCUCAUUCCCCACGACAGGGAAGUCGUCGGAAUGCUAGCAAACAAGGCACUUUCACUGGUAAGGUGGAAGCUCAGGCGGCUAAGACUAUGCCUCUCACCGCGGGUCUAAAGAUUGAAGCUCUUAGUACCUCGUCGACCGGCUGGAAGCCGAGUAGCAUCGGCAAAGCUGCACAGUCUGCCCCCCCUGGCCAGGUCGCACAAGGCGCGCUGCUUGAUCCUUCUAUGGUUCAACGUAAGGUCAAGGCUGCUUUGAACAAGAUGACGCCCGAGAAUUUCGACAAGAUUUCGGACCAGAUCCUCCAGAUUGCUGGACAGUCUAAGGACGAGACCGACGGCAGAACUCUCCGUCAAGUUAUCCAGCUUACUUUCGAGAAGGCUACCGACGAGGCCCACUGGGCGUCGAUGUAUGCUAAAUUCUGCAAGAGGAUGUUGGAAACAAUGAGCGCGGACAUUAGGGACGAGAACAUAAAAGACAAGAAUGGGCAGGUCGUUAGUGGUGGCGCACUAUUCCGAAAGUACCUCCUUAACCGAUGUCAAGAAGAAUUCGAACGCGGAUGGAAGGUUUCGUUACCGGAGCCGAAGGAAGGAGAGGACAAAAAGACACUCGAGGCCGCUCUGCUCUCUGACGAGUACUACAUUGCCGCAGCUGCUAAACGUCGCGGACUCGGAUUGGUUCAGUUCAUUGGUGAACUGUACAAACUGGGUAUGCUCACUGAGCGUAUUAUGCACGAAUGUGUCAAGAAGUUGGUUGAUCACCCUGGCAUCCCUGACGACGCCGAGGUUGAAUCUCUCUCCAAGCUACUGCGAACUAUCGGAGCCAACUUGGAUGCCACGGACAAGGGUCGGGUCAUGAUGGAUGCUUACUUCGGUAGAAUCCAGGGCAUGAUCGACCUUCCUGAUCUACCUAGUCGUCUUAAGUUCAUGCUCAUGGACGUUGUCGAUCUGAGAAGGGCCAACUGGGUGUCCAAGGAAGCUAACAAGGGUCCUAAGACGCUUGAGGAAGUUCGCGCUGAAGCUGAGGCUGCAGCAGCGCAAAAAGCUGCCGAGGCUGCACGAAGCAACCAACGAGGCGGAGGCCCUGGACGAGCACAACUAGGCCGUGGUGAUGCUAGGAACUUCUCUGGCUAUGCGCAACAGGCGCAAAAUCAAGUCGGUAUGGACGACCUGCGCCGUCUGAAGGGUGGCGCGAACCGUACUUCAAGCUCCAACCUCACGCUGGGUCCUAUGUCGAUGCUCAACUCUCGUAGCAACAGCGGUCGUCGCUUGGGCCCCGGUGGUUCGCUAAGCAGAGGAGCCGAGGAUUCCGGUGCCUCCUCCAGGACUGGAACUCCCCCGGUAAGAGAGGCGCAAAGCAGUACCAAUUCGUUCGGUCUACUUGCCAACAUGGACUCGGAGAAUCCAGCAUCGCCCCCAUCUACCGCGGCGUCGCCUGCUCUUACUAAGGUGGUUCCGGAUAACGCAGCUGCAUCCAAGGGAAGCAGUUAGACUCCGUUUUCUAUGGUCAUAGAAACGUCUUGCAUUUACGGUUGCAUCGUUGUGCAUAGACUAGGACAGGACUUACUGCGUUGCAUUUACGGGGGUUUCUAAAAUGUGUCUCCAAAAGUUUCAGGUUUCC